AUGCUGGUAGACCUGCCAAUACGCUGGAGGACGAUCACACAUAUAGACUUUGGCGCACUGGAGCAAGGCAAAGGGAAAGUCCAAAUACUACGCCCUCUGCUGGGCAUGCUCUCAAAGUCGGGCCUCACGCAUAUCAAUGUUGAUCUCAGCAGUGCCACUGAAAAGGCUGUGAAGGCACUUGGAGAGAAAACAAUGAAAAAUCGAGAGAAGUAUUGGAAAGGUUUCGAGGACGAACUUGAGACAUUCACGGCAGCCACUAAACGAUUUACCCCGAAGUGGUCUUGUGAGGACCCGGUCGCUGGCGAGAAGACUGAGUAG